GGCCGCCGCUAGCCAGGGGAGUGCGGGCUCCGUCGGUCAGUCGCUCCGCCCCGGUUAGCCGGGGACAUGUCGAGGCGGGCGGAGGCCUGGCGGGCCGCGGCGAGAAGUCGGACGGUGGCCGAGGCGGAGACGCCCCGCUCGAGCUUUCCCCGCCCGCUGUGCCGCCUACAGGCGCCCAGGGAGUGAGGGAGCCGCCGCCGCGGGGAGACCGGCCGGGACUGAGCCAGGGAGACGCGAGCAGUACCAGCUCUGCAGCAGCUGUGGCAGUGGGAGUCGCUCUGGAGCCGAAGGUGGGACAAUGAAGCUGUUAGAGAACUCAAGUUUUGAAGCAAUAAACUCUCAGCUGACAGUGGAGACAGGAGAUGCUCACAUCCUUGGCAGGAUCGAGAGUUACUCAUGUAAGAUGGCGGGCGAUGACAAGCACAUGUUUAAGCAGUUCUGCCAGGAGGGCCAGCCACACGUUCUUGAAGCCCUGUCACCCCCUCAGACCACGGGGAUCAGCCCCAGCAGGCUCAGUAAAAGUCAGAGUGGAGACGAGGAGGGGCCCCUGAGUGACAAGUGCAGCCGCAAGACCCUCUUCUACCUGAUCGCUACCCUCAACGAGUCCUUCCGGCCUGACUACGACUUCAGUGCUGCCAAGAGCCACGAGUUCAGCAGGGAGCCGAGCCUCAACUGGGUGGUGAAUGCUGUGAAUUGUAGCUUGUUCUCAGCGGUCCGGGAGGACUUCAAAGCCCUGAAGCCUCACUUGUGGGAUGCUGUGGAUGAGGAGAUCUGUCUCUCGGAGUGUGACAUCUACAGCUACAACCCUGACCUGGACUCAGACCCCUUCGGCGAGGAGGGCAGCCUCUGGUCCUUCAACUACUUCUUCUACAAUAAGAGGCUGAAGAGGAUUGUCUUCUUCACCUGCCGCUCCAUCAGUGGGUCCACGUACCCUCGCUCGGAGUCAGGAAACGAGCUGGACAUGGAUCUCGGUGAAGACGACCAGGAGGGGAGCAUGGAUGCCUAUGACAAGGAAAGCAGCAAUAUCGAGGAGGACAGGGUGCAGGUUAUCUGCAUGUGAGUGUCCAGAUGAGCUCCAAGAAGUACUCAGCCCUGCUGAGCCAGCCUUCCAGUCUCCAGUCCAUCAGCAUCGAGGAUGGGCCAGCCCUGGCUGUUAUGUGAACUACCCCAUACACAGAGCCUGCAGCACUGCUCUGCUCUUCAGCGCCGGGGGCUCCAGAGUGCCCCAGCACCUGCCCCACUGCACUGCGUGUGGAAAGCAGCUGGUGCCUCUGGGCUGCAGAUGUCCUCUAGCCGCAGGUGCUGCCCAAGAGCCCGUUGCCUCCAGACACGUGCUGCGUGAUUGGUCAGCAGAGGCCGCGCUCUCACUGCCGGCCUGGGCUCCAGCUUGCCAGACGCUUGUGCAGGGCCUUUGAGAUGCUUCAAUGCACUUUAGGAAUUGAUCUGCUGGCUGCACUGAUGUCCUGUCCUGCUGGCUCUGAAGCAGGGCAGGCUGAUCCCGGGCACUUUCCUUUACCGAUGGCCACCCAGCAAACUCCGUCCGGCCAUAGCAGCAGCAGGGUGCAGGGCAGGGUAUCCGUCGCCUCCUGGAUCUCCUCGUUCAGAACUAUUGGUGACCCACCCUCCCCCUACGUCACUGGCCUGCUCCCUGUUUUGGGCUGGUUGCUUGGCUCCUGCUCACCUCACGGACUCAGUUUGCUCUUUUCCAAGGCUGUAGCAGGCGCCUUGCCGCCCCAUGCUGAGCGCUGCUCCCCUGUGCAAACGAACUGGCUGGGAGAUGGAGCUGAGCCAGUGGGGCUGGUUGGUUGGUUUGUUUGUUUGUUUGUUUUUAAACCACAGAUGACUUUUGCCAUCAGCCUGGCAAGAGUGUGCAUGGGGUGGGCGGUGGUGGCUGCCGGGAGCCUGCUCCACUCUCCAGGAGGAUUGCAGAGCCUGUUUCCGUGGCUCGUCUUGGGAGCUCAGCCCUGUUGACUCCGACUCAUGCUAUGGUUUAACUGCAUCCUCCCCUCUGUCUCCCUUGACCGGUUCCCUAGCACUGGCCCUCCUAGUGCAGCUGCUGGGCCUGGUGCCUGGCUUCCCUCUGCCCCCAGGGAUGAGUACAUGCUGUCCCAGGGCCAAAGCAGGAUGGGGGUGCAGAGCAGCCAGCUCUUCAUGGGCACUGGAGGACCUGGCACUAGCAUGGGGUCUGCAGAGGGCGGCAGCAGCACCAGGCCCAGCUCUCUGCAGCUCCUCCUCUGGCCUCGCCCCGCCCCUGCCCCCCCGCGAGGUUGCACCAGGAUAGCUGCAAACCCCUAGUGGAGAUGGGCCCAGACCCUCUGCCAGCACAACUUCUCUGUUGCAGGGGCACGGUGAAGAGGGGCGAGCCAUAGCUUUCCCUACAGCUAGAGAGCCCUGCAGGGAACCCUGCCUGCCCAGCCAAGGGGCUGCCAGCUGCCCCCAGAGCCUCCCCUUCGCUGUGGGGCUUUGUCCCUUCACCCAUCCUCGUGGGCAUUGCUCGACAGCCAGCUCAGCACAUCUGCCCAGCUCAGCGCUUUAAGGGCCAGCAGUUCCCCCUGCAUCACUGCUGGUAAGAACUGUCUUGGCAGGAUCCAUCUGCCUUCCUGAGCUGGCAGGGUGUGCCUGGGGCCUUGCUGGCCAGUGGAGGAUGUGGGGAGGGGAGCCUUGCGUCAGUAUCCUGUUUUGCCCACCUGUAGCCUAAGGAGGCCACUCUCCCUAGCGCUGGGAGCCAUAGCUGUAACCAUGUGCAUUGACCAUCCCUGCUAGAGGGCCGCAGCCUCGGCUCGGCUCGGCUCUGGCUUGAGCUCGCAGCAUUUGGGGGCUAGUGGAAGAGUCGUGCUUGCCUCCGAGCCGUGCCAUGGCUGGCCAUCAGGGUGAAGAGCAGUUUGGACUCCUGCCAGAUGCUCAGCAUGGCCUGCAUGGGGGUGUCUACAGUGGUGCGCGGGCAGAGGGCUGGUGAGCACAGCAAGCUCCACGGUGUUACUCAGUCUGGGCAAAUGUGACCUGUAUCCAUGGCUGAGAGGGGGCCCUGGCCAAGAACCAUGGGACCAGAUCCCAGCCUGGCUUCUGAGAACCUGGCAUUCCCGCUCCUGCCUUUGCCCCUAUGUUCACUGGCCCAAGUGGUGCAUAGCUGGCCUCUUGGCAGGGAGCCCCUGCUCCAAGGAGAGGGCGCAGCUGCUGUCCCCCUGCACAGCUUCAAGAGCUUGUGGCUCGUCUCCUGCACGCGUGGGCAGGGAGCUGGGGCCAGUUUCCUGUUAAGUCCCUGACUGCAUAGCAAUGUAUCGUUACACCAAUAAAGUUUAUCUGUGACUGACA